CACCCAAAAAAUCGUUAUCAGAUGAGAAGUUCAAACAAAAGAUAUAUCAAGGUAUAGCUUGUAGACAUUGAAAAUUAUUAUUGCAGUAAAAAUUCAAAAUUAUUGAAGAAUAAAUCGAAGAAAAUAUCUCAAAGGAAAGCCGGAAAUUAAGAAAAACUAAGUCGCGAACUGACCUUGCACAUCGAAAAUCGUCAUUUGUAGGCCAAGAUAAGUUCUUCCUAUUUAUUUCAUUCCUGUAUGUUUACAAUUUAAUUCUUACGCAAAAAAAUGAAAAUCUUCAUAUUUUGUCUCUCACAUGUGGGCAUGUAUGUAUGCACACAAUCAUAAGCUAUACCUUCUGCGAGCGGAUAUUGUCUGAGUAUUGUUUGAAACUCAAAUCGUGAAAUAAAAAGAAAUAAAAAAUAGAAUCGACUGUUCUUUAUUGUUUGCGAAUUGCUUGUUAGUUCGUAUAGUUUUUUAAAAACACUCUCAUCACUUGCCAUUACUACACAAAAGUCCAGAGUGUAAGCAACGCGGUCUUCAAAAACGAAAAUAUUAAAAUCAAAAUUCUAAGAAAUUAAUUAAAACAUAAUAAUGGAAUGUGAUAAAUUAGUAGAAAUUCCCGCUAGUGAUUGGAUUGAAUUACGAGACAUAUUUUUAUUGAAUUGGCCAGACAAUCAUGUAGCAUGGCAUACGAUAAAUAAUUAUGUAAAUUGGCACCGAAAACAAUCGUACAUACGGGACUUAAAAAUUUAUAGUUUAAAUAAUUCGUGGCGGAGUGAUGGAACUUAUGUUGUGGUUGAUCGAUACCAAUUAUUCAUCUAUUCCCUUCAAUUAUCAAACGACAAAUUAAAAAGAGCGCUUAGCUUAAUAGAUUGGACAAACGGAUACUUAGUCAGCUCAUUUUUAAGACGUCAUCGAUCAGCUGUUUUGGACAUAAUCAGUAGUAAAAAAUUAAAAGUUGAGACAGAAAAACUCACGUUUUUGUAUUACUUGUCCAAAGAGGAAGUAAAAAAGAAGCAUUUGGUUGCACCGAAUGACAUCACACUCAAACCUUUGUCUAUAGAUGAAGCUGAAUAUGUGAAUAAUGAAUGGCCUAGCAAAUGUUCUGGUUCCGAUUUUCUUGUUAAAAGACUCAUCGAUUGGAAUCCAAAUAUAGGAGCCUUUGACGAUAACAAUGAACUUAUGGGAUGGUGCAUGAGGCUACAAUCUGGUCCACUCGGUGGUCUGCAAGUUAACAAAAAAUUUAUGCGACGUGGCGUUGGCAGCCUUUGUGUACUUGCGAUGUGUAAAAUACUUGCCAACAUUAAUUUAGACACAUUCGCUCUGGUCGAUGAACUCAAUUUCAACUCACAAAAUAUGUUCGUAAAGCUUGGAUUUAAACACACAGAUGACGCAUACUGGCUCAGAACGAAGCCGACGAAUGGUAGCAAAAUGAAUUGGAUUGAUCAAGAAAUUUAUUACUAAUGUAUGAUUUAAGUUUGGGGUUCGUUCAUAAAUGAUGUUAAGUUGAGAUUGGUAUGAAUCUACUUCUAAAUCUUACUUUUUAUACAUAGGGUAUAUAUCUGGAGUAUACCAGUAUUGUAUGGAUAGCUAUAAUCCUAGGGUUAGGUGAAGAAGUAGGCUAAUAUGAAAAUUCCAGCUCUUGGAGUUGUGCUGCACAUUUAAAAACAUAACUGAAAAUCUGGUAAUAUUGAGGCAGGGAAGGAACCAAUAAAAUGUUAACAUGACAUCAUUUAUGAACAACCCUUUAGAUUAGAUAAAAAAAUUGUUACUUGCACUUUGUUUGCAUUUUUCAUUAUUACAAAAAUAUUUUUGCGGAAGCAAAAUUCACUGCUGUAACGAUAAUAAAAUAACUAUAUUUUCAUACUCAC